CACCAAGAAACGGUGAGUCUAUCGUUUCAUGAUGUACCUCCUCAGAUAAAAACAAUUGCUGCGAUGGGACAAUCCUAGUCUAUGGGUGCAGCAGAAGGGCAGGUGGAUUUUAUCUAAAAAUAAAAUGGGAAGUGGUUUAAUAAAUACUAAUACCAUAACAUGAAUCGAAAAGCAACUCUGACAAUUUACUUCAAUCACAAGCAAUCACAUGAUCAAAUCCCAAAUCAUUUUGUGGCCAAAAUUGUCCCUAUCCAAUGCAAGCGAGUACAGUUUUAUGCGGAUUUUAAGCUCACCAGCGAGUAUGACUCCAUUCCUAUAACUUGGCUUCCUUUCCAUGCAAGGGUUUCUCUCCUUGUAAAUACUUACAAGGUCAUUAUAUUAGAGAGAGGGAGAGAGGGAGAGAGGGAGAGAGGCUUCCUUUUGUUUUUCUGUGGCUUCUUUGUGCAUUUUGGCAUUUUCAAAGCAGAGUCAUAAAACCCAUCACUUUCACUUCAAUUUCUCUCUCGCAUUGCAUAUGCUUGCAAAGAAACUACUCCACCAGAGAGGCAGAGCAAUAGAACAGGGGCAAGGGAUCACUCUUUGUAUGGGCUUUUUAACUUUUCUUAAUUGGCUUGAUUAGAUCACAAAAACCCACGCCGUCCCCUCUUUUAUCCCUUCUAAAACCAAGACUUCACAAAACUAGGCUCUAAAUUUAGGUUCUUUUUCAUCUGGGUUUCGUUGACUCCUCUGUUAUUCCCCAACUUUCUGGUGUGUUUGUUUCCCUGAUUGUCAAAGAAGUAUCUUUUGCCAUUUUUCUUGAGAAAUUUGAGGUUUUGCUUGGUUUCUGAUCUGGGGUUUCUUUUGUUUGCACAAAUGAAGAAGAAUCAAGAAAAGGUGCACGUAUGCAAGUUAUGCAAGAAGAGUUUCUUGACCGGGAAAAUGUUGGGUGGUCACAUGAAGAUUCAUGGAGCUAGAAAAUCAAUUAAAGAAUAUGUCAAGUUUGAAAGCAACAACAUGGGUUCUGAAUGUCACGGCCUAAGAGAACAGCCCAAGAAAUCUUGGAAAUUCUCAGGCUUGAAUCAUGAUGGUAGUGUUUCAAUGCAAGAAACAGCGAAAUGUAGAGUCUGUGGCAAAGAAUUUGGGUCGCCAAAAUCCCUCCAUGGCCACAUGAGGCAUCACUCUGCUAAAGAAAGGAAAGGAGUUUACUGUGAAGAAUGUGGCAGAGGGUUUCUGUCAUUGAAAUCUCUAAGCAAUCACAUGAGGCUGCAUCAUAAGAAGUUGAGGGUCUCAAGUUCAGGGCCUAAUCUGGUUGUUAUGGCCUUAUCUGCUACUGAGACUGUGAAUCUUGUGAGAAGAAAGCGAUCUAGCAGAAUGAGAUGCAAGAUUACUCCCAAUUCUUCUUUUUCUAGAUCGAAUGAAUCUGUAUCUGGUUUUGAUAUUGAGCAAGAAGCUGAGGAGGUGGCUAUCACAUUGAUUAUGAUGUCUAGGGGUGAAUGUAAUGGGUUUGAUUCGUUGUGUCAAAGUAAGCGAAUUAAGAGAGGUGAGGGUUAUCAUGGUUUUGAUGGUAAUGGAUUUGUAAGGCCAAAGAAAACCGGAGAGUAUUAUUUAGAUUCUUGUGAUUUGGAUUGUAAAAUUAGUAUAUCUAGUGGUGCGGCAAAUCAAGUUAGAUUGGAAGUUCCCAUGGAGAGUUUUCAUAAGGAUGUUGAAUCCAAGAGCCCUCAAUUGGAUGACGAAUCAGUUGAAUUCUGUGGUAAUGAGAUAGAGAAGGGAGGUCACGGUGAAUUGAUUACCAGUUGCACUGUAGCUGAAUCAAGUCUAGAUCUGAUGGGAGGAGUUGGAUUGGACGCUGCUCGUUUGGGAUUUCAGAAAUCUAUUCCAAUCAAGCAAGCAAGCUUUGAUGCUUCUGAUGCGGAGAUGGGACAGGAUGCUCGCCUUCAGAUGGUAGUAACUACAGAUUCUGAUAUCACGGAAAGUCCGAGCAAAAAAGGUAAUUUCAGGUGCAGAAUCUGCAAUAGAAACUUCAUCAGUUAUCAGUCACUUGGGGGUCAUCAAACAUUCCAUAGAAAGAGCUCCAUAGGGUUGAAGACUGAUAGCUGCAAAAGGGAUAUCCAGGCUAUUUUUUCUCCUGAAACUAAGGCUACAGGAAAACUUGUCAAGAUUGACUGUAUUCAGGAAUCAGUGAAGCAGGAAACUGAUGGAGUCAUUGUAAAAGAUUGCGAGUCAAAGGAGGGUAAGGAGCACAAAUGCCCAAUCUGCUUUAAAGUUUUUCUUUCCGGCCAAGCUUUGGGAGGUCACAAAAGGGCUCAUUUUCCUAAGGCCAGAGAAGAACAGAACAUUGCAGUGAACCGAGAGGUUUCUGAUAUCUGUAAUGUUUUCACUAUUAAUGUCCCAUACACAGCUGCUCCAGAGGUCAGUAAUGAUGUUCGGUGCGAGUCAUGGUGGCCUGCCAAUUCCCACAAGCAUGAGCCACUGGUGGUGGGUCUUAUAGCCAACUAAGAUGCGUAAUGAUGCCUAUACCUUCCUUCUUAAGAGUUUCAAGAAUGUAGAGACAGGAUGGUGCAUUUCAUUUCUGGUUCAAGGAUAGUUCAUUCAGAGGUAGAUUCUCUUAGCUACUGUCGCUUAGAAAGUCUCAAUUGCACAAACGUGGUUUUUGCUUCCUUUUCCUUAUAAUUUCAUCUAUGAACAGAAGAGGCUUCAUUGUUGAGAAUCUGAAGCUCAUUGGCCAAUUCUCUACGGAAUUUUGAGUGGUGUAGGAGGACUUGUUUUGCUUCCUUUUCAUUGUUGUUUUCGUACUAGUAUGCCAAUCGGAACAGAUGAACAGAAACGUUAUUGUUGAUCUAGACCGAUUUCCCAAUUUUUGUCUACCAUUCUUUUGUAGUAAUGGAGAACAGAAAGCAGUUCUAGAAGCAUAAAAUCUCAGUAGUUUGGUUUA